AGUGUGUUGACUUUUGACUAUUUUUUCCUCUCUUCCCUCUUUCACCAAAUGUCCAGUACCCCAUCACCAAAUAAUCCAUGAAAAUCGAAGCUUUGAGUGAGUGAACCACAAAUUAUUUAACUCAACAACACCCAAAACUUACAACUUUGAUGGCUUCAACACUUUGUACUCUCUCAUUUUCUGGAUUUUCAUCCAUUGGAAAUAUUAAAACAACCAUGUAUUCUCUCCCUAUUUGUUACUGUUCUUCAUCUUCUACAAAUUCAUGCCUCAAAACCCUCAAAUUACCAAGCUUUUCACGGUUUUCUCAAAUGGGUUUGUGCAAUUUUACUCCUUGGAAUGGUUUGAAAAACAUGGGUAUCUCAAUUUCAGCAAAACCUCAAAAAUUAGGAAAGACAGCAAAAUGUAGAGGGAAGGUUGUUUAUGCUUCAUUGUUUGGAGUUGGAGCUCCUGAAGCUUUGGUAAUUGGUGUUGUAGCUUUAUUGGUUUUUGGCCCUAAGGGACUUGCUGAGGUUGCCCGAAAUCUGGGUAAAACCUUGCGUGCUUUUCAGCCUACCAUUAGAGAGCUUCAGGAUGUUUCUAGGGAAUUCAAAAGCACUCUGGAGCGGGAGAUUGGUCUCGAUGAUGAUCCAAGACAACCAAAAUAUACGUCUGAAUCAAACAAAGCAAAUUUCACUUCAAAUUCAUCUACUCCCACCUCAGAGGAGUCACAAACUGUGCCUAUGGCUGACCCAAAUGGUUCUCUGUCUAACAAAGCGUAUUCUAGUGAGGAUUACUUAAAGAUCACAGAGGAGCAACUAAAAGCACAGCAGGAACUCAUGUCUCCCUCAGAAAGCCAGGCUGAACCUGAGAAUCAGCCUGAAGCUUUACAGCAAGGCGUCAUGUCCUCUCCACCAGAAGCCCAGAUUGAACCUGAGAGUCAGACUCAAGCUGUACAGCAGGAUGUUGUGUCAUCUUCAUCAGAAAACACAAUUGAACCUGAGAGUCCGCCUCAAGCUGCUGUUCAAGAAAUGGCAACUGCAGCAACUUCGGUCGAAAAACCUGAGAGUGAGUCAUGAGCUAUUCCUUGGGAUUGCUUAAAUCGCACAAUAUACAUAGAGAUCAUCAAGCUGACAUAUGCAUCAGAGGGGAAACAAUGGGAGAUCUAACAUCUGUUUGCUUGUAUGCUGUGAUGAUAUAUUGUCAUCCUGCUGGAUGCUGUGCAUUCAUUAGAGAAGUUGAUUAUGUUUUAACCAAAUUUUUGACCUUCUUGAGCCUUAUAAUAUUAAAGAUGCUCUCAUUUUGCUGCAUCAAUCAGGGUUAGAUACUUGAAUAUGUUGUAUUGAAAAGCCAUUCACUGUGUAGAAGUCUGUUUGUUGUAUUAGUACGAUAUUCUUUGUGCUCGAAGUUAGCUAUGUACGAAAUCUGGUGGUUCAUUGGA